AUGCCCCUGGAACAGACCAUCACCGUCGGAAAACAGCUGUUGUCCAUCUUCAAGGAGGCCAAGGGUGCCUACCACGAUAAAAAGUCGGAACUCAGGGAGCGUGCUGGCCUCCGGCGAUCCCAGACAUUCGACCACACUCGUGGCGUCGGCCGGCACGACGAGUGCAAGUACGACGGGCAGAACUGUGAGGCACAGAACGGCGACGCGUUCGAGUACCGCCAUGGCUGCCGCUACCGCGCCGAAUACGAUGGCCUCGCCGCCGACGGCCACGGACGCCGCCGCUCCUGCGACUUCUACAGCGAGGCCAGCGUGAGGACGAGCGUGCGAUCGACGCGAUCGAGGCACGGGGAGGACGGUCGUGCGGGGACCAGGACCCGGCCGGCCUUGACGGAGAGGAACCUCAAGACGCUGAGCGAGGUGUCGAGCACGACGCCGAGCGGACCCCGACAGCCGGCCACGGCCCAUCGCAGCCCCUACGCCGAGACUCUCCCGCGGGGCAAGGCCCUGUCGAAGCUGGACUUGAACGCCGCCGAGCAUCGCGCCGCCGCCGACGAAUCGCGCCGCAUGUCGGAGCCUCGAACGGCCACGGACAGGAGCGGCGGUGGAAAGGAGAUUGACAUGCACCUCGCCUACGGCAACAUCCCGCCCGACCUCGCCGACAGGGUCGACCUCGAUCCCGAGCUCGGAGACGAGUUCAGGGCCCGCCAGCUCGUCCGGCAGGUCGAGGGCCUUCUCGACGAGGCCCACUGCCUGCAGCACUCGGCCACGGCCAUCAUCAAGCACCUGCAGGAGAAGCCCGACGCGGCGGCGGCCGUGGCCCUGACGCUGGCCGAGCUCUCCACCACCGUCGCCAAGAUGUCGCCCGCCUUCCUCGGCUUCAUCAAGGGCGGCUCACCCGCCGUCUUUGCCCUGCUCGCCUCGCCCCAGUUCCUCAUCGGCACGGGCAUCGCCGUCGGCGUCACCGUCGUCAUGUUUGGCGGCUGGAAGAUUGUCAAGAAGGUCAGGGAGGCUCAGCAGGCGGCGGCGCCGCCCGAGGCCACCGCCCUCGAAGGCGCACCCGCCGCCACCGACAGACGACGGCCCUUGGGGCGCGCCCGGAGCGAGUACAGCGCCGGCAUCGACGAGGCUCUCGUCGUCGACGACGAGCUGAGCACCAUAGAGUCUUGGCGGCGCGGCAUCAUGCCCUCGGGCGCCGACGACGAGAGCGCCGAGCUCGAGCUCAUGACGCCCGAGGUCGAGCGCGCGUACCGGGCCAAGCAUGCGAGGGACGACGUCGAGUUUGAUCUCAAGUCCCGCCGGAGCGGGCGGACGAUGAGGACGAGCCGGACCGAGAGGCCGUCGGCCGGCAAGGAAAAGGACAAGGAAAGGGCCAAGGAAAGGGCCAAGGCAAAGGACAAGGGAAAGGACAAAGAGGGAGCGAGGCAGCGAGAAAGGGAAAGGGAAAGGGACAAGGAUAAAAGCAAUGGCAAGACCAAGAGCAAAAGAGUGGCCGUGCCCGCCACGGCCGAGAGCGUCUCGGGUCACAGCGAGCGCAGCAGAAAGUCGAGCAGCACAAGCACCGGCAGCAAGAGCAAGUCGCGGCCGACGGUGCGAGCCAUCGAGGACGGCGCCAGCAGGCGAGGCGAUCCCAGAAUGGACGUCAUCUUUCUUCCCAAGCUGCGGCAGGACAACAUGCUCAAGGCUAUCUUUCGCAAGAAGGAAAAGGAGCGUGUGAACCGGGGUGAGCUUGUGCUUGCCUGA